GAUAAGCUGUAGCGUCUGACUGCUUUGUUGUGUUUGACUUGAGGUGGAAGUGUGGACAUCUCACCUGGCAGCCUGCAAAGACUUCCAGCAAGUGAUUGGCCACAAAGAGCCCCAAGGCUGGCGUGGGGCACAGGAACUGUCCCUGCUGCAGCUUGAGCCCGUCCUGAAGAUGGUGGAAGAAAGGGGGACUCAAUGGGAGCAGAUCUCCACAGGCUCUCUCAUGGAACCUGCUCCAGCAGCAGCAGCAUUGUCUAAAGGAGCCUUUGCAGCCCAGCCUGAGAAGUGGAGCCAGGGCAGUUUGCUCAGCUCCAACACUGACACAGCUUCUUCCCAUCAACAGGAGAUGGAAGAUUACUUCCUGGAGCUACUGAGCAAAAUGGUGAGCAUGGAAAAUCCGGUGACGAAAUACACUGAACUGGAAAAUAUCGGCAGUGGGGGUUUUGGAGAAGUUUGUAGAGCACUCGACAAUGCCACAGGAGGAGAGGUGGCCAUAAAGAAAAUUAAUCUCCAAGGACUGCGGAGAAAGGAAGUAACUGUCAAUGAACUCAUGGUCAUGAAGAUGAAUAGGAAUCCCAACCUGGUCAACUAUUUAGACAGCUACCUUGUGGAUGAUGAACUCUGGCUGGUGAUGGAGUACAUGGAUGGAGGCACUCUGAGUGAUGCCAUCGAUGAGAUGUACAUAUCUGAAUAUGAGAUGGCAGCCAUCAGUCGGGAGUGCCUGCAAGGACUGGAUUUUCUUCACUCAAACUAUGUCAUCCAUCGAGACGUGAAGAGCUGCAACAUCCUUCUGAGAACUGACGGCUCUGUCAAGCUGGCUGAUUUUGGCCUCUCUGCUCAGCUCACCCCUGAGCAGAAUCGAAGGAGCUCAGUGGUCGGCACGUCUUGGUGGAUGGCGCCUGAGGUUGUGAAAGGUCAACCAUAUGGCCCCAAAGUGGACAUAUGGUCUCUUGGAAUUGUGGGAAUCGAAAUGGUGGAACAAGAAGUUCCUCACUGGAAUAGAAGUCCUACCUCGUGUUGCUGA